AUGGGUAAAUGGGUUCUUGACGAAGUCUACAAAUUCUGCAAGGGGAAGCAAGUUUUGUUUUUAACGGGGAGGCUGAGAGGGGCCCACAGAGGAGAAAAGGAAGAGGAAAAGAAGAAAGAGAAGAAGAAGAAGAAGAAGAAGAAGAAGAAGAAGAAGAAGAAGAAGAAGAAGAAAUCUCAGAUCUCUGCCUAA